UACAACACGGCACUGCUUCGCGUCUCUUUUCUUACCCAAGCACCAAGCCACCCCCUCUGGUACCUCUUUACUGGAAUCUGUUCUCUGCUGUCCUCCUUCCUCAACAUGAGCAGUCAAGAUGCCAAGUAUACGCCUCUAUCUGUCUCGCUCUCCCCCAUCACGGCGGACGAUGUACUGGCUCUCUUGGAGUUGCACAGCGCAGCCUUCAAGACGGACCAGUUCUCGAACCUGAUGCUUCUCAACCGCGACGCGAACGCCCACCAGGCGCUGAUGGACAAGUCGAUACGGCUCUGGAUGUCCGACCCCGAGGCCAAGCUCACCAAAGCGGUGAGCGCAGAUGGACACGUCGUCGGCUGGUCGUGUUGGACCGUCAAGACCAGAUACCCAGAAAAGUCCACGCCUACUCGGAAUCCGGAACCGGAAACAAGAACAGACACCACCGCAGCACGACGCCAGGACCAGGUCGAGGCCGACACACCGGCAGAGCGGAAGCACCAGGAUCAGAACGCGCCUCGGGAUCCCACGCGGGUGCUGGGCGGGCUCAUGCACAGAGACAUGACUUCUUGGGAGGACAAACACCUCCGCGGCAAAAGGUACAUGGUGCUACAGGCGUUGGCGACGGAGCCGCGCUACCAGCGGCAGGGAAUCGCGACCAGACUGAUUCGGCACGGGCUCGAGGAGGCCGACUCCCAAGACCUUCCGUGCUGGGUCCACGCCUCCCCCACGAGCUACAAGCUGUACGCGAAGGCUGGGUUCGAGGAGGUCGGCAGGAGCAGCUAUGACUUGGAUGAAUGGGCGCCGGGAGGAAAGGACGGAAAUCAAGGUUGGGGAGUGUACACAUUCAGAUACAUGUUCCGACCAAAGUAUGGAACUGCCGUGUAAGAUGGCCUCUGGAUAUGGGUAUAUCGGAUAUGCUGCUUCUGCGGGCCAUUACAAAGUCGUGAGGUUACCUUGGUUGUAGUUGCGCGAGACAGUAGGAGAGUCUUCAACUCCCUUUAGAGCCAACUUGUGCC